GCGCGCGCGCUCUCCCUCCCUCCUCGGCUUUUUAGCCAACGCCAAAUCGUUCGCCAUCUCUCUCGUGAAGUCAUUGUUCCCUGGGAUGCAUUCGGGAAUAGACCUGAAACCUCGCUGAGAUCCUGAAAAGCUUGGUUAUAGAAUCCGAACUUCAGACUGUAAAUUCUGGUUUACGGGGUAUGGAAGGCGCGGACCGCGAGAUGUUCCUGGAGGAAGACGAGGACGCGCGCAGCGAGAAGAGCUCGCCGCAGGACACCGAUGGUGAGAUGGAAAAUGGGAGAGACGAUUGUGAGGAGAAUGGUUGGGGGAAGAAUGAGAACUCAUGCUCUUCCUCUGUUUUCACCUCGAGUCAGUGGCCGCGCAGUUACAGGGAAACAACGGAUUCUUAUACAAUUGCUGCAUCACCAACAUUUGGCCUUCUUCAACGUACUUCCAGUAUUAGGUAUUCAAGUUUCCAUGAAAGUGCAUUGAGUUGCAAUGACUUGGAAGCAAAAUUGCCCUUGCUAUCAGAAAGCAUUAUUGAGACACAACGAUCGGAGAAAACUCUAAGCAAAUCCAGACUAUUUCAGGAGUCAAGUUGCCAUGAUUUGCAGUUUUCAGAACGGCCUGCUAUUUGUGGUUGUAGCUUCACUCAGACUAUUUUUAAUGGUGUUAAUGUAUUGGCUGGUGUGGGGCUUCUUUCUACUCCAUUCACAAUAAAAGAAGCUGGAUGGGCAAGUUUGCUGGUCCUAGUUUUUUUUGCGAUUGUCUGCUGCUAUACAGGCAUCCUCAUGAAACAAUGUUUUGAAAGCAGAGAAGGCAUUUUCAGCUAUCCAGAUAUUGGAGAAGCAGCUUUUGGCAGAUUUGGGCGUAUUUUCAUAUCUAUCAUUUUAUACCUGGAGCUGUAUUCAUACUGUGUAGAGUUUAUCAUUUUGGAGGCAGACAAUCUCACAAGCCUGUUUCCUGGCACUUCACUUGACUGGGGUGGGAUUCAUGCCGACUCUGCUCACUUUUUUGGAAUCCUAACUGGUCUUAUAGUUCUUCCAACUGUUUGCUUAAGAGACCUUAGAAUUAUAUCAUACCUUUCAGCUGGGGGUGUUCUUGCAACCAUUUUAAUAACCCUUUCAGUGUUCUUAGUUGGCGCCACCAAUCAUAUAGGAUUUCACCAGACUGGUUCACUUGUUAAUUGGAGUGGCCUUCCAUUAGCAAUUGGGGUGCAUGGAUUUUGCUAUUCUGGGCACACAGUUUUCCCGAACAUCUAUCAAUCAAUGUCUGACAAAACAAAAUUCAACAAGGCAUUGAUUAUUUGCUUCCUUUUGUGCACAGCAAUAUACGGUUCAGUUGCAGCCUUGGGAUAUCUCAUGUUUGGUCAACGAACACUUUCUCAAAUAACUUUGAACUUGCCAAAGCAUGCUUUUUCUUCAAAAGUUGCAAUAUGGACAACGGUGAUCAAUCCUUUUACGAAAUAUGCACUACUUCUUAAUCCCUUGGCAAGGAGUAUAGAAGAAUUGCUUCCAAGUGGAGCUCAAAAUGAGUUAGUGUUCUCCAUUCUCAUACGGACAGGGCUUGUUAUUUCGACCAUUUGUGUCGCAUUCCUUUUGCCAUUCUUUGGUCUUGUGAUGGCCUUAAUCGGCUCUCUUCUCAGUAUACUUGUGGCGGUCAUCUUGCCUCCUCUUUGUUUCUUGAACAUAGCAAAGAAGAAAGCUACAACGUUGCAGGUCACUUCGAGCAUUAUCAUCAUUGGGCUAGGCAUAGCUAGUGCAGCAGUUGGCACCUAUGCAUCAGUAUCCAGGAUCCUGAAUAGCUAUUAAGUCUCCUCUCUGUGCAACUUCCGCUUUGCAAACAGAUUGCCUUCAUCCCAUGGCAAACCAAAUUUUGGUAUGCUACUUGUCCUGACUGGAGAAUCUUAUUCGUUCGAAUCACCAUCGCUGCUGAACUGUUUAUUUAUGCGCAAUGAGACACCAAUUCAUUGUUGUAAUUGCCCAUCGGUGCGGCCCUUGUGACGCUAUUGUUCAGGUUUUUGAAUUUUAAAAUGGGUUUAAAUUGCUUUAAA